AUGUCGUCUGGAUUCAAAAUCUGGGCACAAGAGACCAGCGACGUCUUCCACGAGGAGUACAAAUUUUUGCGAGAAUUCGAGAUUCAAAAUAAACAAAAAAGCUAUUGGAGAUAUCGAAUAAGUCAGGAGCAAAAAGAAAUCUAUAAUCAGAAAUCGAGAAUUUUGAAAAUCGAAAAAAAGGAGAGGGAAAUUUGGAUACCGAAGAAUCCCAAGAAUCCGUAUGAGGUUUGGAUUCAGAAGAAUUUUGAGAAGAUUCGAGAAAAAAAUUUGGAGAGGAAUUCAGAAGACGUUGUGAGAAAAUUGAAUGAGAUUUGGAGGAAAAUGACGGAGGAGGACAAAAUUCCAUAUAUUGAAGAAUAUGAGGAGAUUAAAGAGGAUCAAAAAGAAAAAUCAAUCAAAAUUCGGACUUUAAUUGUCCUUCUAAUUAUCUUCCAAUGA